AUGGACCCAAAGCGACGAGAACGCCGUCGCUCGGUGAGCAAAAGCCCACCAUUCCGAACUUCCAUGCCGUCUCGAAAACCUCCACGCUAUGGGAGUGCAGCUCUUACCGACAAGAAACAUUAUAACCAAGCUGAACGACGAAAGAAGACCACGAUAGGCCACAGUAUCUCUCGCAAGGCAACACACAAGCGUAUUUCACGCAAGGCGAGACCUCCCGAAGAAUCUCCAAUAGGCGGUAAUAUGCCUUAUCUUAAUGGCGAAUACUCGGAGCUGCAGAAGCAACAGAGAACCACGCCGAUGGAAUGCAGUCCAGAGAAGGACGCGGACGAAGGACUCGGCACCGCUCAUGUCACGCCUUCUCGCAUGGGUGGCGUGGCCUUAACGACUUUGAUAGUUCCCGACGAGGCUUCCAGCUAUGAAAAUAUGGAUCGUGAGCGGACUGUGAUCAAGCACCACGCAAGCGACUUACAGCCACUGUCAUAUCUCAACCGCAAGCUGGAAUAUAUAGAACCACAAAUCACAUUACGAGAGAGAACCCAGAAUCGAUUCGCCAUUGAAGGAAGUCGGAGACCAAUCUUCAACGAAGAGAAAGAUGGAGAGUCAGUUUACUGGAGAACCCCCAGUCCCAUUCCAAGAGAUCCUAGUGAUCUCGAAACAUCGCCAACAGCAAGUCCAGAGGUUAUGCCGGAUGGAGACGAGGAAUCUGAGUCUAUACCCGCAUCUCCCGUCAGCGCCUUCGGUGUAGAUAUGGAAGAUCGAACGAACCUAGACGAGAUCAAUAGAUUAGAAAAGCAGCUCAAGGAGAGAAACGACCUCAUUAUCAUAUAUAAAGCCGAGUACACGGGCCAUAAGAAAGACCGUGAACCCUUACCGGAGUGGAAAGAUCGGGCUAGAGAGCGGGUGGAAUACCUUGAGGCAAAGGUAGAGCGAAUGGAAUCCCUCAAGACAAAGGCAGAGCAAGAUCUGCAUGUCAAACGGCAAAGACGUAAAGAUGUCGUGGUGCAAACAGAAAAGGCCCAUGAAGCGAUUCGCAAGAAUCCCCAGGACGAGAACGACAGCUUCCAAUCCAGGAUUGUUUCACUCCAAGCCGAGUUGGACCACGCCCAAACAGUGGAAAUCCAAAGACAAGAUCUUACAGAAAAACUAGAACAGGAGCAGAGAGGUCUCCUCUCCAGAAUUGAUAUACUUCAAUCUGAAUUGACCCAGGCCGAAGAAACCGCUUCUCAAUUACGAGAACAGACAGAUGUACUGGAGCGUAAUUAUAGAUCAAACCGAGAUCGGUUCCAGACGGCGACCGACAAACUCGAAGCCGACAACGAGAGCCUCCGACGCCGUAUAGCUCCACAAAUCGGCCAUCAAGAACAGCGUCCAGCGAUACUUUCUCAGGUACCAACGCGCGGAAGAAGGAUUCUCGAGCAAGGCAAAAAGAACAGGCUUGAAAACGAGCGGUGCCCUGUUCUCAGAAAGGAACACGCUCAACAACCAUCUCCGGUGCCCUCGAUUCAUUCUACCCCAAGGGAAGAAGGGGAACCAGCUCCGUGGGAACAGUGCUUACGAACCGGCAACCCACGUCAGAAAAUCGAAUAGCCGGUCUCAUGAAGCGACGGAGCGGGCGAUAUUGGCACUAGUAUAAGAGAUGGUGACAUUGUGCUGAUGCCAGUUGAGGCGCUUCGAAAUUUUCUCGGAUACCCGUUCGUGUAUGCAGAUUGGAAGUCUAUCCACUGCGCCCGGUAUCUGUUAGUCCGUUGAAGCCCCACAGACAGUGGCAGGAAAGUGUACGUAUAUCUAUGACGAGGCACUGCAGAACCCAGCAUCAGUGAAGGCGUGGGUUGAGAUGGUCCAGUGAGGUAUCAACCAAAAUGCUUCCGUCGCCCUCUUGGCGCUGUCUGAGGUCGCCUCGCAAGUUUACUAGUUGUCCAAAUUACCGAACUUCUCUCUUACUCGGAAUGCUGAAAACACUACGAAGCUCCUCAUGUAGCAGCGGUAAACGAGCGUACGGAUUUCAAUGACGAGGCAUUGUAUGUGAGUUCUGGGC